AUGGAUGAAGAGAGAGUUCGGGAAGAUUAUCAAUUUGGUUCUGUUGAUAAGCGUCUCCAAGAAAUCGCCGAUCAAUCCUCUUCUGGAAACAGUUAUGCUUCAUCUCCAAAAGCAAUCAAUUAUGGUUCAUCUCCUCCAAAAGCAAACAAUUAUGCUUCAUCCCCUCCAAAAGCAAACAAUUAUGCUUCAUCAUCUCCAAAAGGAGGAGACGUUUAUGGUUCAUCUUUAAAAGCAAACAAUCAUGGUUCAUCAUCUCCAAAACCAAACCAUUAUGCUUCAUCUCCAAAAGGAAACAAUUAUGCUUCGUCAUCUUCAAAAGCAAACAAUUAUGGUUCAUCUCCAAAAGGGAACAAUCAUGGAUCAUCUCCAAAAGCAAACAAGAGUGGUCCUGGUUCAUCUCCAAAAGCCAACAAGGAUGGUUCAAAUAAACAGCCUGAUCAACCUGAUUCAAAACCUGGUCAAGUUGCUGCUCAUAUCGAUAGGGAGAAGCCCUUUGAAUCCGUUAAAGAAGCCGUUUCCAUGUUCGGUGUGAUUGUUGAUUGGAAAGCUCACAGAGCUCAGACAAACGAGAGAAGGAUAUACAUCGAACAAGAACUGGAAAAGGCGCGUCAGGAAAUUCCGGCGUUCAAGAAAAAAUCCGAGGAAGCCGAAAAGGCAAAAGAUCAAGCAUUAAGAGAACUCGACUGCACAAAAAGACUGAUAGAAGAACUGAAAUUAAACCUAGAAAGAGCACAAACGGAAGAACGUCAAGCAAAACAAGAUUCCGAACUCGCCCAACUCCGAGUCACGGAAAUGGAACAAGGAUACACCGACGAGUCAUGCGUCGCCGCCAAGACCCAACUCGAAGUCGCCAGAGCCCGCCACCAAGCCGCCGCUGCGGACCUCAUAAAAGCCAGAAAUGAUUUAUCAGAAAUCCGUAGAGACUUCGCCGUUUUGAUAACGGAACGAGACGCCGCCAUUCAGAGAGCUCAAGAAUCAGUGUCGGCGGCUAAAGAAGUCGAGAGAUCCGUAGAGGAUUUAACGAUUCAACUCAUAACAACAAAAGAAGCAAUCGAAUCCACUCACGCUUCACAUUUAGAAGCCGAAGAACACAGAUACGCAGAAGCCUUGUCACGUGACCAAGACGCCUUAAAUUGGGACAAAGAAUUCAAACGCUCAGAAGAAGAAUUAGAAAAAGUCCAACAACAAAUUGUAUUAGCCAAAGAUCUCAAAACAAAACUCGAAACCUCUUCGGUUUUACUAUAUAAGUUAAAAGAAGAGUUAGCCGUUUACAUGCAAGGGAAUAAUUCCCAAGGGGAGAUCAAUUCCGAUUCCAAUUCCAAUUCCAAUUCUAAUUCCGAUUCCAGUUUCACCCGUAUCGAUAUCCAAUCCGGUAUAGCACUAGCCAAAAAGAACCUCGAAGAAGUCAACCAAAACAUCGAGAAAACAAAAGAAGAAAUCAUGGAUUUGAAAAAUGCAACCGAUUCAUUAACCGCAGAACUAGAAACCGAAAAGGCGACUUUAACAAAAGUUCGGAAGCAAAAAGGGUUAGGGGCAGGGGCAGUUUCGUCUUUAGAAUCCGAACUAAAACGAACCAGAACCGAACUUGAAGAAAUUCGGAAAAAGGAAAAAGAAACCCAGGAAAGACUGACCGAACUCCCGAAACAACUCAAAAAGGUGACCGAAGACGCCGAACGCGCCAAAUCGCUGACCGAAGGUGCCCGAAGGGUUUUGAAAAAAGCAAAAGAAUCCACCGACCAAACGAAAUCGGAAGCAAACACGAUGUCGACAAAGCUUGCCGCUGCCCAAAAGGAAAUCGAAGCUGCCCGAGCCGCGGAGAAGUUAGCGUUAGGCGCGAUUAGCGCGCUUCAAGAAAGCGAAUCUUCCCGCGCGCUUAAAUUUGAUGACCAAAAAGACGGUGUGACCAUUACAUUAGAAGAAUAUUAUAGUUUAAGUAAAAAAGGACACGAUGCGGAAGAGGCGGCGGAAAAACGGGUGGCGGAUGCCAUGGCGCAGAUUGAGGAAGCUAAGGAUUCCGAAACGCAAAGUUUGAAUAAACUCACGCAGUUGAAUUCGGAAUUGGCGUCCCGGAAAGAGGCUUUGAAUGUGGCUUUGGAAAAGGCGGAAUUGGCCAAGGAAUCGAAGUUGAAUAUUGAAGAGGAGCUUAAGAAACGAAAGGGCGAAACCGAACAAAAAGCAAAAAAGGAGACAAGUCAUGGCGGGUUUUUUCGCGGGUCGAAAGACAAAGACAAGGACAAGGACAAAGACAAAGAGAACGGGAAUCCGGAUCCCAAUUCCGCUUCCGGUUCGACUUCCAAUUUGAAUUUGAAGUUGAAUGUUAAUAUUGCUUCCUCUCUUAAAUCGCGGUUUGGAGCAAAGAGAGGGGAAAAUAAGGAUAAUAAAAGUAAAGAUAGUAAAAGUAAGGAAAGUACAUCAGCAACAACAACACCAGCAGACACCAACUCCACCUCCACCACCACCGCCACCGCCAACGCCACCACAACCUCCACCACCACCUCUAGCUCCAUCAACCUAUUCAAAUGGGGUAAGGCGGAAAGGGAAAAAAGAAAAGAAAAUAAGGAAAAUAAGGAUAACAAGGACAACAAGGAUAGUACGGAAGGUGCAACAGCAACAGACUCCAAUACCAAUACCAACACAAACUCUAACUCCAGCUCCAUGAACCCAUUCAAAUGGGGUAAGGGAGAAAAUAAGGAAAAUAAAAGCAAGGAAAACAAAGAAGGUAAAGAAGGUACGGAAGGUACAGGAGCAGCAACAACAACAGAAUCCAAUUCCAACUCCAAUUCCAUGAACCCAUUCAAAUGGGGUAAGGGGGAAAGUAAGGAAAAUAAAAACAAAGAAAGUAAAGAGGGUAAGGAAGGUAAGGAAGGUGUUGAAAGUACAUCAACAACAGCAACAACGGAAUCCAAUUCCAACUCCAACUCCAUGAACCCAUUCAAAUGGGGUAAAGGGGAGAGUAAGGAAAAUAAAAACAAAGAAAGUAAGGAAGGUAAGGAAGGUGCUGAAAGUACAUCAACAACGGAAUCCAAUUCCAACUCCAUGAACCCAUUCAAAUGGGGUAAGGGGGAAAAUAAAAGCAAGGGAAGUAAGGAUACCAAGGAAAGUAAGGAAACCAAGGAAGGUACGGAAAGUAUAAGCGAGUCAGGUGGUGACACGUCGCCUGAUGGUCCAGGUUCGAAGAAGAAGAAAAAGGCAGCUAUGCCCAAAUUUUUUAUGUUUAUGGGGAAUAAUAAGAAUCCUAAAAAUUUACCACAAAAGAAUCCCUAAGUGUUUGAAGUGGAGAGUUAGUUUGUUCAUUUUUAGAAAGUGUAAUGUAAAUGACUUACCUUUUGUCCAUUGAGUUUGUAUCAUAACGUUUCAUUAUAUUGCUAG